AUGCUCUCUAGUGUUGGUGUCCAUACAUCGCGAGCGUCGUUGACUCCCGCGGUGCUCACGCUCCAACACCCCGCUAUUUUCAGCACCACCGGCAACGACAUCGCGACGGCAGAGAUAACCAGCGACGUUGCCGUACCGGCUUCGCGUGAUGCUUUCGACGAGACUCUAUCCUCAUCGGCUCGUCUCUUCCUCAUCAACACCAACUGCAAGCUCCUGCGACCGUACAGAUGUACAUCGAUGAACAACCAAGCUGCGCUGUGGCUUGCAAGGACAAGACAAGUUCAAUGCAGCGUCAUCUCAAACAAGAAGCAGACGACCGAUAGACUCGCCAUGCAACCGCACAUGAACAGGAGGAAGAACAUCCCGCGCGCAGCAACAGCAGGUUCAGCUGGCAUCCCCUGGCUUAAGACUCUGCUCACGGAGAUCCGCGAGCGCGCAUCUACGAGCACAGGAGCGCCUACAAAAUUGAAGGUAGUAGGCGAUACAGAACGGUGA